UUGUCCGUGAACGCAGAAAAACUAUCUGAUAACGUGGACAGCGAAAGGCGUUUGAUAGAAGAGGAUAUGCGAGAAAUGUUGCACCAGACGCUCAUUUGGUGAUAUGGCGAGUGCACUAAGAUCUUCUAGUAAAAAGCUAGCAGGUGUUGACAUUUUCAGCUCACGACCUCAGAAGUCCCUAUGCCGCGUUGACUUCUCCACGUUGUCUAAUCCACGGAAACGCUGCGCAAACGUAUCAUGAGAAAGGAGUCCGAGAAUGACAGUAUCCUUCGGAGAGAAGUGAAGCGAAUGCAAGCAGAAUUAGGACAUGACGAUGGGUCCGCUCACGAAGAACGCUUCCGGGAUGAGUACGGCACCUACCUCCGAGAACGAAGUGGCGUUUUGGACGAUUUAGAACAGAUGUUGAGUCUCUGCACUGUGUAUGAGGCGAAACAAAUCCGAAAAGACGCGAGACUAGUGAGACAUAAGACCCACCUCUUAGAAAUCCUAGUCGACGCUCUAGAGGAAAUGCGAGAAAUACGGAGGUUGUAUUUAUGACCUGGAAAAGAAAGUAAGUGGUCUAGGUGUAGUGCUCGUUGUUCACAUGCAACUCAGAGUUGUCAUCUCUGAAAAUUAGAUUCUUUCCUAACUACUAAAUCUUAGCUGAUUUCUUGAGUACACGAAUCGUUUUGAAUGAGUACAUCACUUGUUGUUUCUCUCAUAGUACUGGAAUCUGGAACAUUUUUCCUUGCUGCCGCAAUUUUGGAAGAAGUCGAAUGCUAGGGUUAUGAGAGGAGAAGGCGAAGUCGCCUCAUGGGAGUCCAACGGAGGUCAGAUGGCCAGAGAUACUUAUGGAUGCGUGGUGAAACUGUUAGAGUACAAGGUUAGUGAUCAAUGUUGUACUUCACUCUCAGGACAGAAUAGACACUUUCUUCUAUUUUCGUUAUAGAAGCUUCAUUCCCCCGUGGCCAUGGAGAAUGUGGGAAGCAGCGUUUUCACAGCGGAGGGAGGAAACGGAAAUUUUCAGAGCAAAAGUAGGAGCUUCAACAAGCCCUAUCACAAUCUGGUAUUAAGGCAGCAUGGGGAAUAAAUGGAAUUGGAAAUAUGUUCAUAGAAAUCCUACUCCAUUGAGCAUAGCAAGGAAGAUGCUUUCCCGCUCCUUUUCAAGGGAAAAGAAGCAUGCUUGCUGCACCAAGAUCGAUGCUCACACCAAGGAAGAUAUUUCUCUGCAAGGUCGUGGCUCCUCUGUCAAGAUGAUUGACCAACAUUUCAUCUGGGUGUGGUUACUUUCACUGUUAUAAUGUGCUUCUAUGUGUAAUAGGCCACUACUUCAUCAUCCACUUCUUUUAAAAAUUCUCCGUUCCUCUAAUGAUAACAGGAAGUCUCGCAGCUGCAAAGAUGGCCAUUGGUGGGUCGCAGCCUGGGACUAGCCUUGGGCAGAAAACCCGCGUGCACAGUACGGAUCACUUUGUUUUAUGAAGAGCUACAAUCUCAUCCUCAAUUCUGUUAGCACCUUUAAUUAAGUAUUCACUUUCUUCUUGUCCUUCCCUUUUCACAUUUCCAAACACAUGCAGCAGAGAAAUAUGAAUCCUUUCAAUCCACCUUCCGGUCACUGCCAACCACCGGCACCAUGGUCAUAGAAGUAGUACACUCCUUCUUCAUUCCCAACCGCUGGUCAAGAGUUGGCUGAUCGCUUACGAAACGAGCUACAUCAGAGCAUGACAGUUAAGGCUCAAGAACUUUUAGUGGUCGAUGUUGAGAGAGGUCCUGUUCUUUUUCGGCGGAUACUAUCGAAGAGGGCUCGCUGGGAGUGGUCUUCAUUGGGACUCCUUGGUCUUCACUGACACCAAAGCGGAGACACCCACUGACACCAAAGCGGAGACACCAACUGACACCAAAGCGGAGACACCCACCUGAGAGAACAGGGGACGACUAAGGGAAAACUGAGAUCGAACAGGGAUGUUGAAAGGAAGUAGAGAGGUGUACGUGCUGUGUAGGGGGUCCCCUUGUCCCUUCAGAAUGAACAGUGACGAGAAUGAUCAGUGACCACUGAGACCUUUAAGACACACGUCCAGUUCGAUCCAGAGACGGG